UGGUGGUGGAGGUGGAGGCGUGUGCGAGUGCUGUGUUGUGACUGUUGUUGAGCCGCGCAAGGGGGUGCUGGUGGGUGCAAGUGCACGGGGGCCUAGCCUGGCCGGCGCGCGCCAACGCGCUCGGGGAUCGCACGUGUGCUGCUUCGUACGGCCGCGAAGGUGACGAUGACGCCGAGCCUGCUGCGCGUGGUCCUGGGCGCUCUGUUGGCGCUGGCCCUCCUGGACGGGGCUCUGUCCCGGCCGCACGCCCCGCGGUCCGGGGAGCAGCAGCAGCAGCACGACCAGCACGGCCUGGGCAACGAGCUGAGCGCGCGCCACCCGCACCGCCAGCAUCACCGGCACCACCCGCACCCUCACCACGCGCGCCAGCUGUGCGGCGCCGAGCUGAGCAACGCCCUGAGCGCCCUGUGCGCCGGCAGAGGCUACAACAGCCCCGACAACAUGGCCGGUUCGUCCGCGUCGAGGCACGGGCACCGAGGGCUAGUCGCCGAGUGCUGCCAUGUGGGCUGCACGCUCUCGGACCUGGAGCACUACUGCCAGCCGCGCAAGACGCCCCUGGUCGCCUCGCAGUCCACCAGCGAGUCGCACGAGGCCACCGCCGAGGAAGAGAGUGAUCCCCGCCCGGAGACAGGAAACCACAUCAGGCCGGCUGUGGUCGAGGCGGAGGCGGAACCACCCCAGCGCAAAGAGCAGAAGGCGCCACCCCAGCCGACUGUGGUGGGCGCUAAGGGUAGCAGCAAGAUCAACCUGCCCUCGGAAAACCCUUCCAACAUGAUCCAGGUUGGCGUCCUUACGUCUCCACUGCAGCAGCUGCAGUUCCGUACGCCCGUCACCAUCCCAUCACGGCCCCAGUCCAACUCGCUCGGUUCGCAUUGAGAACGAGAGCGUUCUUUAUUUUAUUCGAAUGAUCUCAGCUUGCGAUAGAAAAAACGCAACAAGCUGCAAAAAUUGCAAAAUUUCGACUCUUGGUUAUUUAUUUUCAAAACUACCUAAUAUAUUUUUGGAAAUUGGGUCAGCAGCUAUGUUCAGUUCAAAGUCGUGACGUACGUAAAAUAUUCGUGCAAAUUACGCUUGUGAAAUAUGUCUUUAUUGUUAGUGACAUUAAGACGUGUCGUGAUGUGAUUAGUCAUUUUAUCGUAUUUGUAUUGACUUUGAGACUUUAGUGUUUGCACAUGUGCAGACGUCUGUGUUAAUCCAAUUUGUUUUAUAUUUGGAUUUUUUAACUGUGAUGGCAUGAUUAGACUUUGUGGGAGGUUCUCUCUCGUCGUGAUAUAGAAUGCUAACAUUAUUACCUUUCGGCACAGUUCCUAUUUUAUUUGCAAUCCCAUUAUCAGAUCGAUAUUGCAUCAAAUUUAUGUCGAGGAUAAUUUUUUUAAAGUCACUUUUUUCUCCGGUUAUUUCUGUAUUUUAGCUUUUUCGAUAUUUCCAUGCAAUAAAAAAAUAAAAUUUCAGUAACGCGUUACAUUCUCGACCUUAAUGAUUAAUGGGACUCGUGCCGUGUGAUAAAGAUUCCUAAUCAUUUGAGUGUAUGUAUAUUCAUUUAUGUGAUCAUUGAUUUUCAUAAUUUAUAGAUUAUUUAUGUUGCACCAAGGCAAGGUGGGUUAUCCGUCCGUUUUGUGUAUGGCCGUAAAAGUCAAAGGGAGGAAGAAAAGUAGUCGGUUUAUUUUUUUCGGGCCUGAAUCUCUUUCUUUUUAUUUGGUUGUGUAGUUAAAACUCCGGCUAGUAUUAUUGAGUUGUCUGGUUUACUAUACUUAAUGCCAUUAACCAGCUCGGAGCUCUUGCCGGCGCUGGUUUCGUGUGUAGAUCAUGUAUUAUUGCAGGCAUACAAAUCGUGAUAUUCUUCAUGCUUCAUUUAUUUGAUAUUCUUUCACUUUUUCGAUUUAAUUAUGACAAUUUAGGGUUAAGGCAGAACUAAGUUAUUUAUCGUUUUAGGCUACAUUAAUUUUUUUUUUAUACUGUUGUACGACUUUAACGCAUAAGUUACAAUAAAUCGAAUAUAAGGAA